AUGGCGGAUUUUCAAAAUGUUCAGAUUGAGGGCUUGAGAGUUGAUCUCCCAUUUGCAAAUGUAGGCCAUCAUGGCGAUCCUAGGCUUAGGGAAAAUGAUCACCGAAGUAGGUGUCACGAUGAAGAAGAAGAUCCCAAGCGAAACAACAUCGUUUCAAGCGAAAUCGCUGACGCAAAGCGUUUCGUUCGCGUUGGAGGAGACGACAUGCGGGCGAUGCGGGCAACUUCUGGACAUUGGAUGAAAAUCCAGCACCUAUCCGAUGUCUUUGUUGUCUUGAGUGCAUUUCAAUCCAUAUACCUUGUUUAUGGCAAUGGAACAAUCAAAGAAGCAAAUGGGUUGGAGCACAAAGGGACUAUAAAAACCAUAGAGGGAGACAACGGUGACAUAAUUGAUUGUGUUGAUAUCCAUAAACAACCUGCAUUUGAUAAUCCUUUAAUAAAUGAUUUACAGAUGAAACCUAGUUCAUAUCCCGAUGGAAUAAAACAAGAUCCAAAAAUUGAGUUUGAGAUUCGUCAAGAUUGGAAUAAAAAUGAAGAAUGCCCCGAAGGCACAAUACCAAUAAGAAGAAAUUCAAACACAAGCUAUUACGAAGAUUACCACAAAAAAUCUUUUUUCACGAUGCAAUAUCAAGGUAAUCAGAGUCUUCAAAGAUCAGAAGUAAGAUAUGAGUAUGCUAUGGCUAUUGAUGAAGGUAGUCCUUACUAUGGCACACAAGCAGUAUUUAAUGUUUGGAACCCUUUAACCAAGGGUAACGAAUUUAGUGCGUCUCAGUUGUGGAUAACUUCAUCGUCUCCAAAACUAAAUACUAUUGAAGUGGGAUGGAUGGUUUAUCCAAAUAAAUAUGGUAAUACACAUACACACUUCUUCAUAUACUGGACAGCGGAUAAUUACCAGAAGACAGGUUGCUUUGAUUUUGAUUGCCCCGGUUUUGUUCAAACACAUAGAAACUAUGCCAUUGGGGCUACAAUAACACCAACUUCCACAUAUGGUGGCAAUUUACAUGAAGUAUCUGUUAACAUAUUCAAGGACAUACCCUCGGGAAAUUGGUGGCUUGUAAUUUCGGGUUACGUUGUAGGGUACUGGCCUAAAUCUAUCUUCACAGGCUUGGCAGAUCAUGCUACUAGUGUGAAAUGGGGUGGGGAGAUUUUGAAUUCGAGAUCUAGUGGACACCAUACGACUACUCAAAUGGGUAGUGGUCAUUUCUCUGGUGAAGGCUAUCAUAGAUCAAGUUACAUUCGCCAACUAAAAGUGGCUGAUUCCGGUUUAUUUCCCAGAGAACCAGGACACUUGACGAAACUAGUGACUACUCCAUCGUGUUAUAAUUUGAAUAUGUUUAAAAAUCCCCGAACUAUGAUGGGAACACAUAUUUAUUUUGGAGGUCCAGGUUUUUCUUCAACAUGUACUUGA